UUUGUUUUACACACACACCGGCUUGCUCCCUGUCUCCCAGCCAGUCACCUCCAGUGCGACCGGUCGGCCAGAGCGGAGGUAAACAGACACGUCCGGAGCAACCCAGCCGACUCUGGUCGCUGUUCCCAGGGCUCAGUGAAAAAGACGCCGGAGGAGGAUGGGACAAAGCCGGUGUUUGGAUCAAGACUGAGUCUGGACGGCACGCCGAGAGCUCGAUACCAAGUCCUUCAUAGAGUCACCGCGUUUCCCUCCGCUGACACAAUGGGCUGCUGCAGCGGACGUUGCACUCUCAUUUUUAUUUGCACUUUACAGCUGGUGCUGGCCUUGGAGAGACAGGUGUUUGACUUCCUUGGUUACCAAUGGGCUCCCAUUCUUGCAAACUUUUUCCAUAUCAUCAUUGUAAUCUUGGGCCUCUUUGGAACCAUCCAGUACCGGCCACGAUACAUUGUUGUGUACACUGUUUGGGCCGCACUUUGGGUAGCCUGGAACGUCUUCAUUAUCUGCUUUUAUCUGGACGUUGGAGGUCUGUCAAAGGAGAGCGAUCUGCUGACAUUUAACAUAUCAGCUCAUCACUCCUGGUGGAGCGAGCACGGUCCCGGCUGUGUGAGGAGAGAGAUGCCACAGGCCCCCGGAGUCCGCACCACAGAGAGCCACUCCUACAUCUCUGUCAUGGGCUGCUUCAUGGACUACCAGUACAUCGAGGUCAUGCAUAGCAGCGUGCAGAUCUUUGUUGCUCUCCUGGGCUUCGUGUACGCCUGCUAUGUUGUCAGUGCCAUCACUGAGGAGGAGGACAGUUUUGAUUUUAUUGGUGGAUUUGAUCCAUUCCCACUCUACCAUGUCAAUGAAAAAUCAUCUCAUCUCCUGUUAAAGCCCAUGCACCUGUCUACGUAAAUAGGAAAGGCAUCCACCGAGGGAGGUGAUACAGCAAAUUCCCAUGGAGCCAAAAUGGCUUACUUCACACACACACACACCCACCCCCACACCCACCGUCCCGCACACACGCCCCCAUGCCAACCCCAACUCACGCACACAUCCCACAGCUUCUCAUAGCACCAGGCGUCUCCUUCUGGGUUUCAGUUCUUAACAUGUAAUUUACUUGUGUGUGGCCCUGAAAAGUCAGUUUCACAAUAACAGUCCAUUGUUACAAGAUUUGGGAAUUGCCAUUAGUGGUAUUUGUGUUUAUAUAAAGGUAUCAUUUAUUUUCUUUCUGUCAGCUUUCACUAUGAGCUAACUCUACUGUAUAGGACAUAUUUCAGCAGAUGAAAACACUACAUAGGAUGAUGGAGCAACCAGCAUUCCCAGUCUGUAGCUGUGUGUCACAGAGGAUGGUGAUUUAGCAUAUUACUGCUGGUUUGGCUGAGAUCUUGACCGUUGGGCUGAAUUAUGGCAGAGUUUGCAGAAUGAACCAUUGUGCUGCUGCCUGUUUACUUUAGGAUCUGUAUGCAUAAAUACAGAAGCAAAGCAGGAAGAGCCAAGGGAGCGGAGAAGUGAAGGCUCGGGGAAACAACAAAAGCACCAGUACAACAGGCACAUCUGCCAAAAAUAGAAAAUGUAAAUAAGGAAAUUCAAAGUUUCAAAGAACUGGAAAAGAGUGUUCACCUUGCAAAGAGGUGCUCAAACACAAUAAAUGGCAUGCAAGUGUUACUUUUAUAUCUGAAGCAUUUUAUUACAACAGUUUUUCUGAGUCAGUAUUUCUGAAGUGCCAGGUGUUGUGUUUGCCAAAGACCUGAAAGCUUUUGUUCUGACUUCAACUCUUCUCCCCUAGCAGCAGACAGGUCUGGGUAGGGCGUUCAUUACAAACAAUCCUUCAAAAGUUGCAAGGCAUAUUUUUAACUUGGCGCAAACAACCGAGAUUGUUAUACCUUUUCAUAUUGCAAACAGCGGAGCUUGAGCUGUUUGGAUAUGGAUGUUAUGUGUGGAUGAAUUAAAUCUCUACCUGAAUAGAUCAGGGGGCUUCGUUCCCUGUCAGUUCAACACUUAUAUUCUGUCUGUACACGGUGGAAGCCUGAGCUGUGAUCAGUUGUAGGAUUUAUCAAAGUUUGCAUUGUAUGUAAUUACAACUGAUUGAAGUUGGUUAACCAGUUACUAAGACUCGUGUCUCCACCCGUUUGGCUUUUAUUCUGAAUCAGCUUCAUUUUAACUUUUUACUAACAAAACUGAGCACACACAAUUAACAUUACUCACUUCAGCACUUUUUAGAACAUAUCCAUCAGUUUACCCACCAGUCUUGUAUUGUCAGAGCUUCCUUUGCCUUAAUGUUAUGUGAAUCACUACUGCCCUCUGGUGUUCAAAUGGAUCAUGUGCAUAGUGAGAAGCUUUCAUAUCUCCUCCAGAAAUGGCAUGUUUCUGUUUGGAAAACAGAAAAUAGUCAACUGUACAAGGUAGAAGAGUUUAAAAGUGUGUUUUCUCAGUCAACAUACAUUCCAUUCCACAUGACUCAGGUUGGAUACCAACUGAAUUUAAACUUCAGCUUCUCAUUUGUUUAGUUUUAGCAUGCUUUAACAAAGAAUUACAGUGCCUUGCAAAGUAUUAUUACCCCUUAAACCUUUUCAUGUUAUCAGAACUUUAAAAUGUAAUGGAUUUUAUUGCUGUUUAAUGUGAUAGACCAACACAAAUUGGUGCAUCAGUUUGGAAAUGCUUAAAUAUAAAAAUCUGUAAAGUAUGGUUAACAUCUCGGUCCAGUCUCCCUGAAUAAGUACAACCAUCUGUUGCAACAAACACAGCUUUAAGUCUUGGGGUUUGCACAUUUACAGCCCAGCAGUAUCAAGUUUUAAGAGUUAUCACAUAUUUUCAAUUGGAUUUAGGCCUGGAUUUUCUCUUGGUCACUGUCAAAUAUGGAUAUAUUUGAAUUAAAAACAUUUCAUUGUUA